AUGAUGUGCAGUCAAAUAUUCAUGGAAUACUUGGCUGCACGGAGGUCAUGCGAGGAUCCACCACAGUUGUCUUUCCACUGUCAAUGCUGUCCUGUUCUUUACACCAUAUAUAUAUAUUAUAUCGGAUUUAUUAUCAGCCCACUGUUUGAUACAAGGAACGAUAAUACAAUUGAAUAUUUACGAACACAACAUUUUUUUGUCAUGCUGAAUAAUGUAGCUUGUAUUGUAGAAAGACGCAAGCUUCUGGACUUGCGACGACCAGUCUCGCAUCUCUUGCAUCUCUCCUAUGUAGUCGGCCUGUGUGGUGGAAGUGGUAGUGAUGGCGGUAGUGGUAGUGGUAGUGGUAGUGAUAGUGAUAGUGGUAGUGGUAGUGGUAGUGGUAGUGGUAGUGGUAGUGGUAGUGGUAGUGGUAAUCGUGGCGUUGGUGAUGGUGAUAUUAUCCGGUUUUUAGUAUUUACAAUUCGUUAUAGCAAUCGCUAUGUUCCUAAGAUGAGAUGGUGUGCAAUUCAAUGUUCAAGAUUUGGCAUGUAUUAG